AUGGACUUUGAUUUGGAGGCUCUCGUGAACGUCGAGCAAACCUUUUAUGAACAUGGGUUCACGGACGGCUUUGCCCAUGGCCGUAUCCACGGUUCGAUCGAAGGAAGAGCUCUGGGAAGGGAGAAAGGUUUCGAGAUGUGGGAGGAACUCGGAUUUUACGAGGGUUUCGCGACGAUGUGGCAGGCCCUUUACCAACAUCGAGGUGCGCGCGACGACCGGACAGCCCACCAUAUCCGACACCUGCUCGAGCUGAUCGCCCAGUUCCCGCGAGUGAACCCUUCCGCAGGAGAGGCUUCUGACCUGGACAUUCCGAAGCUCUUCCGCCAGAUCCGGUCUCGUUACAAAGCGCUCUGCGCCACUCUGGGUGUGCGGCCAACGCUCCGGGCUGGUGGAUCAUCCGUCUCCCAAGAGGAAACGAGCGAGCUGAUGAUAAAACACCCUCAGGGGAACUUACUUUCUGAGGAAGAAUCAUCUACCGGGUGGCGUACGCAGGUUUGCGGCGAGGCUUAUCAGCUAUAUCGUAGCACACGAUUGCACGAGGAGAAGACGUGUUCCCUACGCCAUCAGUCGCUGUGGGAUUUUCUCAAGCUAUUUCCGUGUCUCGAGUUACCUCCUCGCUCUGCUCGAAGUCUCCAGGCAGGCCGCGCCAGAGCUAUUGGGCUGCCUAGAACGGAAUACUGGGUGCAGGCAGACAUCAUACUUCUUUGUUUGGCUAUUACCUUGGGUUAG